UCGGGCCUCUCCGCCAUGGCCUCCGCUGGAGCCCGAGCCUCCUCCGCCUCAGGCCUUCUCUUCAGACAGUUCUGGUGUCUGGACUUCCCGCGUCGAACAGCUAUAAGGCUGGCGAUAUCGGGAGACACCUGAUGAGACUCCGGGGUUCAGUUUGGACUGGCCCGGUACUGAAAGGGCGAGAAGCAUCUGAGUCUAUGAACUUGCCAAAUCAGGAUGUGUGGGACGAAACCAACUGCAGCUCAGCAGUUUGUCAGCAUCCACAAUGCUGGGCAUCUCUCCGACGGAUUGAGAGGGGCCAUCCUAGGAUCCUGGACUCACCCAGCAAAUCUUCCCGGGAGAUUGAUGAUAAACUCCCGACACUCACCGUUGUCAAUAUCACGGAUAGCUGCCUGUGGACCAAGAAGAGGAUGGCUCAGCGACAGUCACCAAAAUUUACCUUCCCUAAGGAGCGGGAGCGGUCUUUAUUGUUGAAACCAGCUUCCAGGCGUUACAGCAGGUCUCAGAAGGCUUUCUAUGACAAAGGUGUAGCCAGUUGCUCUAGACCUCCUAAACUUUCAGUGUUGAAUUUGAAUGAGGCAAAACUUCCUUUCUCUGAAGAUGUCAGAAACAUGGUGGUAACCUGGGUUCCUGAAGAAGUGGAGAAGAACGUGAGCUCAGUUGGAAAGACUUCUGCUUUUUCCAGGUGGCUUGAGAAGAAGAGGAAGAAGCUGGAAGAGAAAAGCAAGCCAUCUCUGUAUUUUUCUGGAAGGCAGUAUACAUCAACACACUUGAGAAGUCCGGGGGUGACUGUGCCUCCUCCCUCCCCAGUGCACUUAUUUGACCAAUUAAGUUCCGAAGCCAUACCUCUAUUGACCCAAGUGGACAUGCUUCCCCAGGAUCUCCUGAAGGAAUGCAUUUUGGCACAUGAGAAAACCAUGACUUGUCCUGAGGUAAAGAUAGAGUUGGCCAAGAUGAAAAAGAAUCUUCCUCUGGAAAGGAGCCGCCCCGACAGCGCUCUCUCUUCUAAGAUGUAUCUAACUGUGCACCGCCUGACCUUGCAAAGACCAUCGUUGAGGUACCCUGAACAUCUGAGGAAGCUGCAGUACAACCUGAAGAGAGCCGAAGGAUCUUCAGGUUACAAGAAGCAGCAGAAGCAGCAGCAGAGGAAGGUGAAAACUUCUACUGAAAUGCAGGAGGCUAAGAAGACAGUCAAGAGUGAUGUGGAGAGCGAGCCUAGCCCAAGAAUCCCAUCAAGACAGGAAAGUGAGCAAAAGCAGAAGGAGCAGGAAGAGGAGGGGAAGAAAGUCAGCGUGAAGCAUGUUUCCAUAGAUGACUCAGUGGCGUAUGACUUAGACACCUACUGCACAGACUACUACACCAGUCCAGAGAGUCCUGUAAUAUUUGAGUCAGAUUACGAGGACGUGAGUGAUGUGGAUGAGACUGUGCUGGGAAUGCUUCCUUCCAGCCAAGACAGCAGUCCCAGGAGUCUGUCUGCAAGUGUGGACAGAGCCGGCUGGAACCCUGAUCUCAAACUGCUGAGGAUUCUUCAGGCCAGUGUUGAGGAAGAUGAGGAGAACCAUCUUUCUAGGGCACAGAGUGAGGCGUCUCUGGAUGCUUAGGCUGGGGAUGUCAUACAGUUCUUGGUAUUUUGAGGACAAUGACCUUGGACAUUGUUCUCUGGAUUCCUCCAACAGGAUGAGGGCUUAGAGACCUUGCUUUUUUCACUUGCUUUACAACUCCAAAAUGAGUGAGAAAAAACCCUCAGUACUGCUAACUAUAGGAGACUUUUCCAGGGCAGAUUAUUUCCACGAUUAAACCCAAUCCCUCAUCAAAGGACUUGUUCUCUGUUUCCAGGAAGAGAGGAGGUAGGUGCUUCCUUGUGUCUGUUUUCUGGGUCCCCUUUAUUGCUCUGAAAUCUUUGUAGUGGUAGGAAGCUGGACUCAGCUAUGGGAACCUCUAUAAUAUCCCUACACACUCUGCUCAUUUCCUGGAGAUGCCGUCUCUUGGUAACGGGGCCUGCACCAUUAUCAAGUGGGAAUCACUGUGGGCUGCUCCCACCUUAGAGUUCAUCUUAGCUACAAAUAAUUCAAUACGAAAAAAAGCACUAAAAAUCCAAAAAUUAUUUCAUUACACAGAACUAAUACUGAUCGCUUGAUUUCACAUAUCCAAGCACAUUCAAA